UUAUUUGACUUCAUCUCCUGAAACGAAAAGAAAUGGAUAAACCAUAAACCCGGAGCUGUUGCGGUAAAUGGCACUCCUCCUUCACCAGUCUUGCGUUUACGCCCUAAAUUCUCGUAUUGGUGUCAGAAUUUCCACCGAUUUCUCCAAUCCCAUCUGCAAUUCUGGAAAUGUCUACAAGUUACGACCUCCAAAAUCGUCCAGUGAUGAUACCCCAGCCCCCAAAACGCCCCGCCCCCGGGGCCGGAAAAAGUCCACCUCCGUCACGCCGUCACCACCUACUUCUUCGCGGAAAAUUUCAAGGCGUACUAGAAAAACUUCUGAAUCGUCAGAUUCCAAAGUGGAAGAAUUAGCACCUAAGCCUAAAGGCGUCGACGAGAUUUACGAUUACGACGACGGUAUUGAUUUCCCGUACGAAGACCCGCCAUUGGUUUGCUGCUUCGGUGCUGCUCAGAAAGAAUUUGUGCCGACGGUUAGAGUGGCGCCGGAGCAGAUGCACCCGGAUAUGUACUCUCAGUGGAAAAUGCUACAGUGGAAUCCGCCGGAGUUCGCAAGAGCACCAGGGGGGCCGCCUUCGAACGUGGCUGUUUCCCAUGUGAGGCUUGGUGGGCGAGCGGCGUUUAUUGGGAAGGUCGGGAACGAUGAUUUUGGUGAAGAAUUGGUAUUAAUGAUGAAUAAAGAAAAGGUGCAAACACGGGGGGUGAAGUUUGAUGAUAAUGCCCAAACUGCGUGUAGUUAUAUGAAGAUUAGGUUUGGCGAGGGGAGAAUGUGGGCGGACACCAUCAAGGAAUGUGCAGAGGAUUCUUUGCUUGCCUCUGAAUUAAAUCUUGCUGUGCUUAAAGAGGCCAGGAUUUUUCAUUUUAAUGCUGAAGUGUUGACGUCGACCUCCAUGCGUGCUACUCUUUUCAAGGCAAUAGCAUGGUCUAAAAAGUUUGGCAGCCUUGUAUUUUUCGACUUGAAUCUACCGCUGCCACUGUGGAAAUCACGUGAUGAGACAAAGGAAGUGAUCAAGGAGGCCUGGGAACAGGCUGAUAUUAUUGAGGUUUCGAAGCAAGAAUUGGAGUUUCUUUUAGAUGAAGAAUAUCAUGAGAAAAGAAGAAACUACAGGCCUCAAUAUUAUGCUGAGAACUACGAGCUAACCAAGACCCGAAGAGAUUACUACCACUAUACACGGGAGGAUAUCUCGCCACUUUGGCAUGAUGGGCUAAAGUUGCUGUUUGUCACAGAUGGAACGCUUAGAUUGCAUUAUUACUCACCUUCAUUUGAUGGGGUUGUAGUCGGAACUGAAGAUGUGCUCAUUACACCAUUCACCAGUGAUAGAACCGGCUCUGGCGAUGCUGUUGUUGCUGCAAUCAUGCGCAAGCUGACCUCCGUGCCUGAGGUGUUUGAAAAUCAAGAUACAUUGGAGAGGCAACUCCGCUUUGCAAUUGCAGCAGGAAUAAUAUCGCAGUGGACGAUAGGCGCUGUAAGAGGCUUUCCCACGGAAAGUGCCACUCAAAAUCUCAAGGAACAGGUGUACGUCCCCUCAAUGUGGUAGCCUGUAGUGAAGCCAACUCCUGAAACAUGCACCUGCUCCUGCUGCAUACAAAUACGCAUGAUCUUGUUGCUUUACUGGUCGACGACAUGUCUUUGGAGAUGAGGUUCUCUCUCAAGCCCAACCUCUUCUGAUUCUCAGUCUUUUCCAGUUAAGUUAGUUGUGAAAUAGCAUCUUCUAAAACUAGAAUGGAUUGAUUGCAUACACAACUAACUUGUUAUGGAGACAAAUUCUGAGGAGAAAAUGAGGGGAAUUCUUCAAAUAUUCCUCCAAAAAUUCAGUAAUCAAGUGAUUAGGCAUCCCAGUUUGGUGCUAUAACCCGGGUUCAAUCCCGGUGCGGGGUUGAAAAAACAGAAAAACGAAAAACGAAAAAUUCAGUAAUCAAUAA